UGUCAAAAUUUAAAAAAAAAAAAAAAAAGGAAAGAAAAAGAAAAAGAAAAGAAAGAGAGAAAGAGGAAAAGUUAAAGGGUGAGUGGAGUGAGAGCGCCGUGUAGGAGUGUAGGAACAUAGUCCACAUGCUGAAGCAUCGCGACGCGACGCCCUAGGAGCCCGACAUGUCUUCUCCUAAGGGACCGAAUCACUUUGAAGCCUCGCCUCGAGACAAACCGGACUCCGAGGGCGAGGAGAGCAGGGCGCAGGACGCGGCGGCGAGCGCCGAGGAGGAGAAGAGCAAGGCGAGCCGCCACCCGUUCAGCGUCGAGUCGCUCAUGUCCAAGAAGAGCACCUGCAGGAGCGCGUAUUCUCCUCCGGCGCCUUUCCCAGAGCAUCUGGCCCAGUACUCUCAGAGGACUUACUUCCCACAGAAAAGUCAAGUUUCAGCCGAAACUUUUCCCCAUGUCUCGGACUGCCUGAACGACGAGAGCGAGGACUCGAGUGACAAGGAGCAGAGCACUUGGCUGAAGAGCCCAACUUUCUCAUCACCGCAGAGAGCUACAAGUCCUCCGUCGACGUGCCACCUGCGCAAGCACAAGACCAACCGCAAGCCGCGCACCCCGUUCACCACGGCGCAGCUGCUGGCGCUGGAGCGGAAGUUCCGCCAGAAGCAAUACCUGUCGAUCGCCGAGCGCGCCGAGUUCUCCAGCUCUCUGAGCCUCACCGAGACGCAGGUGAAGAUCUGGUUCCAAAACAGACGCGCCAAGGCCAAACGGCUGCACGAAGCCGAGCUGGAGAAACUGAAGCUGGCUGCUAAACCCGCACUGCCCGCCGCCCUGGCCUUGCCCUUCUCCCUCGCCGCGCACGCGCCUCCAGCUGUGUACGGCGCCGCCGCGUCCGCGCUGCCGCGCCCGAGCCUCGCCGUGCCCGCGCUGUUCGGCUCGCCUUAUGGAAUGUAUUACUUAUCCUAAUAACAACACAAACACGAACUGAGCGGUUUCCAUCGUGCCUGUUUGUUUUAAAGACUCUUCAUAAUGUGCAGUUGCAAUAACUUUUGACAGACUCCAAUACCUCUUAUUGCUGCCUCCAUUUGGAGCUAUGGAGAUGUUCUUUUUUUUUGUUUGUUUGUUUUUGUUUUUUUAAAAAAAGCCAUCUCCUCCAUUACUGGCUUGUAGCCUUAAAACAUAAGAAUGCCAGAUAUGUCUGACAAAAUGCAAUGAUGGGUAUAUGUGUGAUGUGUAUAUAUACAUGCUCUUGUGGAGCAGCUUCGUCUGAAUUGAUUCAUACAUUGCGAUGUUAAAAAAAAAAAUCUCUGGGGGUUUGUCCGUCAUGUGACGAGAAGUACUUACUGGCCUAAUCUUUAAAAAAAAAAAAGUGCCUUGAAAGACCAAAUAUUUAUUAGUCAAUAAAGAGUAUUCUUUUUAACAUUUUAAACCUCUCUCUUCUGGGUUGUUUAUGGUGCACUUUCCACAAAAAAUACGGAUUAUGUAACAUGAUUAUUAAUAAUUUAGUCUUUAUUAGAAAUCAUUUAUUUAAAGGCUACUGAAUUCCAAAAAUACUAACAUGUUCGUGACACCAGUUUCCUCUACAUUCCCUUUUUUUUUUACAUUAAACUGGGACUUAUAUAUAAUAAAUACAAACCUUUUAA